UUGAUUCAUAGCAUUGAAAAGCAGGACGACUAACUUCACCUGGUUCUGAGCAUAAGCAAGCCACUGUACCAGAAUCAUCUGAAGCUGGAUUGAUCUGUCUGACUGGAUCACUGGAGGAUCAACGCAGGACUUUUAUCAGCUUGGUCUAGUGGGGUCACAUUGUUCUGUUCUGCUCCUGAGCCAUGGUCAGAGCUUAAAAUCUGCAACAUGAGCAUAACUCCAUCCGUCUCCCUGGAAAGCCCUCUGACCACCACCUGGGGACCUGCUAACUCUUAUUACGACGGUCCCCUGGUGAUGUCCAGUUACACAAGUCGCCUGUGGUCCCACGACUCCCAGCCUCAGUUCUGGAGCAAGUACCAGGUGUGGGAGUGGCUGCAGCAGGUCAUGGAUAUCCACCAGAUUGAUGCCGCCAGCAUUCCCUUCCAAAACUUUGACAUGGAAGGCCAUCAGCUUUGCAGCCUGAACUACCAUGACUUCAUCCGUGCUGCUGGCAGUGUGGGACACAUUCUUUACAACAGCAUCACAGAGCUAAAAUCGGGUGGCCAGUACCAUGUGGAUAUCGGGCAGCUGGAGAUCAAACAUGAAACUGACUUAUGUCCAUUUCCAGAUGUCAGCUAUCCACCCGGAGAAGUCUAUGACCCUUUGGUUCACUCACAUGCUCCCAAAGUCUCUCCCACCCCUUCAAGUCCUGACAUUAAACGGUCUUUUAGUCAAAGUCAUCAGGUCAAAAAACACAACCCGAGAGGAACCCACUUGUGGGAGUUCAUCAGAGACAUUCUUCUGAAUCCAGAGAGAAACCCCGGGCUGAUCAAGUGGGAAGAUCGAACAGAGGGGGUAUUCCGUUUCCUGAAGUCUGAGGCUGUGGCUCAGCUAUGGGGAAAGAAGAAGAAUAACAGUAGCAUGACCUAUGAGAAACUAAGUCGUGCAAUGAGAUACUAUUACAAGAGAGACAUUUUAGAGCGAGUGGAUGGGCGCAGACUGGUUUACAAGUUUGGAAGGAAUGCAAGAGGAUGGAGGGAGACAGACAAGUGAUAAUUUCAUUAAUUUAUUUUUUUCAUGCCUUAUGUGCAUGAUUGCAACAUUUGAACGUGGUUUUCAGUUGACUUUUUAAAAUAUAGGUGUGUUUAAUUUGUUUACAAGUGUUUUCUAUUUUUAUUUUCUAUUUCUUUUUAUGUUUCCCUUUGUAUUGACACUGCACUGAGAUCCUUUUUGGGCUGCGCCAGUGAGACCUCAAAAGUUGUGUUUACAUAAUAUUUUGCAGAUGAAAAGCUAAGAAAAAGCACUAAAAAAUGAGUACUAAACACAAUGAAGCUUGUGUCUGUUUUUGUUUUGUUGUUGACGAAAUGCAUUUUUGAAACAGUAAGUUCCAAAGGAACACAUGUUUGAUGUAGCUGUUUAAGCAUGUGUGACAAAUUUGUGUUACGUGUUUUGACACUGAUACUGUGAAAUGUCCUUUGGGAAGCACACGUGCUUAUUCACUUAAGUUAAAAUUAAAUUAAAUUAAAUUUAAAAAGAUCCCAUAGGCACAGUGCAAGAAACGCAUACAAGAUAAAAUAUUGAUAUUCACUGGAGUUUUGAAGCUUACUUUGUCUUCUUACAUGCUUUGCUUUUUUUAAAAUUGUAAAGAAAAUGUAUUUGUUUUUAGAUGUUUGAUACAAAUAAAGUUUGUAAUUGUUUUACUUAA